UGACCGGUCACAAGAUAAAGUUUCAAAAUAAUUAGGUUGUGAAAUAUUUUUUUUUUAUUUAAAACAAUGGAACGAUAUGAUAAUGGCCCAACCAUUGAAUAUGAUCCAAUGUGCGAUAGUGAGAAUCCUCAAAAAAUAUCAUUUGAGGAUGUUUCAGCUGCCGCCUUCAGGAUUCAGAGUGGGAUUAUAAAAACGCCAUGCGUGAAAUCCCACAUGUCGAGUAUUUAUGGUAUGGAAAUUUAUCUGAAAAAUGAUUUCCUGCAGCAUACCGGAAGUUUCAAAGAGCGUGGCGCCCGUAAUGCAUUACUACUGCUUUCCCCUGAAGCAAAAGCUCGAGGGGUGAUCUCGGCCUCAUUAGGCAACCACUCCCAAGGGCUGAGUUAUCACGCACAACAGCUCAAUGUUCCCACCACUGUGGUAAUGCCAAACGUAGCUCCAAUCAUGAAGAUCGAGAACUGCCGCUCGUAUGGCGCGAAUGUCAUAGUUCACGGUCAUGACAUGAAGGAAGCAAAAUACCACGCUAUGUCGCUUGCUAAAGAGAAAGGCCUCACUUAUAUCAACGGGUACGACCAUCCCCACAUAAUGGCUGGUCAAGGAACAGUGGGUCUUGAAAUAUUAGAGCAACUUCCAGACGUGGAUGCCGUAUUGGUCCCGGUGGGAGGGGGAGGCCUCUUGGCCGGCGUCGCCACUGCAAUAAAACAUCUGAAACCACACGUCCUUAUUUAUGGAGUAGAAACAGAGAAAUGUCCAAGUAUGGAGACAGCUAUGAGGAACAAGGAACCCACAAGCGUGCAGAUAUGGUCGACUCUAGCAGACGGUCUCGCCGUACCCACUGUCGGCUAUAACGCCUUUUUCACCGUCAAAAAUCUUAUUGAUAAAAUGAUUACAGUGAAUGAAGACUGGCUGGCUCGCGCCAUUUUACGUCUAGUGGAACAGGAAAAAUAUGUCGUAGAAGGUGGCGGCGCUGUAUGCGUUGCUGCUAUCAUGGCGGGCUUCGUACCCGAACUUGCUAAUAAGAAAGUGGUCUGCAUAUUAUCAGGGGGCAACAUCGACACAACUAUCUUAGGCCGAUGUUUGGAGCGCGGUCUGGCGGCUGAGCAGCGUUUGGUGAAGUUCAAGGUGACGGUGAGCGACCGGCCCGGAGGUAUUGCGGAACUGUGCAAGCUGCUCGCAUCUUUGGGAGUCUCCAUCAAGGACAUCAUGCAGGAACGCGCUUGGGUGUAUGGAGAUAUAUUUAGUGUUCGAGUAAAAGUGGUGUGUGAAACAAGAGGCCCUGAACACAUGGCAGAGCUACGAAACGUGAUCAUGAACACUUAUAAAGAAUGGUAUUUUGCGCGGGAAUGGGACGAGCGACGUAGGCCCAGUACAGACUCAUUAGAUGACGUAUCACAUUAAAUUUUAACCAACUUUAAAAAAUAAAAAUAAAAUUGAUUUAGAAUCUUGUGUAGAAUAUGUAUAACAUUAUCUAAAAGUAUUUUAAAGAUAAAAAAAGAGUGUGUGUACUUAUGUACACGCGUUAGAAGUUAUACUUCUUUGGCGUAUGGAAAAAAAUACUAGAAUAUACACCUUGAACAUAGUUAUCAAUUU